AUGUCUAAAGGUCUCAAAUCUCAACCGGUCGUAAAAAAGAGAGAUAAUAUCGAAAAAUUCGAAAGAAAUAAUGCUUUGUCGAAAAAUUCCCAGUAUCGUAAAACGAAAGACAAGAAACUAAAAGCUGGACUGAAAAGAAUCGACCAGAAAUAUAAAAAUGCGGUAUCAUCAGCUGCCAGUACCGAGUAUCUUCUGCCCGAGACGCGGGGUUUUCUAGAGGCCGAAGAUGAGAUGGAAAAGACCUUCAAAGUGACGCAAGCGGAAAUCAAGGACGCCGUGGAUGUAAGCACAGCUCAAAAUGCACUGAAUUUGAAGCUAAAAGAAUUUGGUCCUUAUCACAUUAAUUACUCCCGGAAUGGGCGUAAUCUACUCAUUUGUGGGAGAAAGGGCCACGUAGCAUCCAUGGACUGGCGCAAGGGCGAGCUUCGAGCAGAAUUGCAUCUUAACGAGACGUGCCAUGCGGCUACGUACCUUCAAAAUGAACAAUACUUUGCCGUUGCUCAAAAAAAGUACGCUUUCAUAUACGACCACGAGGGUAUCGAAUUGCAUAGGCUCAAGCAACACAUUGAAGUCACACAAAUGGAAUUUCUGCCGUACCACUACCUUCUAGCCACAGCGGGUCGCUCUGGGUUUCUCAAAUAUCAAGAUGUUACGACUGGACAACUCGUUGCCGAACUUAGAACAAAGCUCGGCCCUACUUUAGCUAUGACCCAAAAUCCUUGGAACGCAAUAGUGCAUUUAGGUCAUAGCAACGGCACGGUAACGUUAUGGGCCCCAAAUAUGCCCACGCCCUUGGCUAGACUGCUCUCUGCCAGAGGACCCGUCACUGGCGUUGCAAUCGAUAGGCAAGGCUACUACAUGGCAACGACGGGUGCGGAUAAAUCGAUGAAAAUUUGGGAUAUCAGAAAUUUUAGAGAAUUGCAUAAUCUCGAGAAUCUUCCAACACCCGGUUCCGGCGUAACAAUAUCUGAUACCGGUGUCUUAGCUCUAUCGAGGGGACCACAUGUAACAUUAUGGAAGGGUGCGUUAAGUAGCGCCAAGUCGAGUAGGCCCUAUUUCGGUUCCAGUGGCCUCGCCGAUAGAAAUACUCCAUAUAUGACCCAUCUUUUUGCCGGAAACAAAGUCACAAAUAUGCAGUUUGUCCCAUUUGAAGAUCUGCUGGGUGUAGGACAUUCUGGCGGGGUCACCAAUUUGAUUGUUCCAGGCGCCGGUGAAGCAAACUACGAUGCCUUAGAAAUAAACCCAUUUGAAACGGCAAAACAAAGACAAGAGCAAGAAGUGAGGACGCUAUUGAAUAAAUUGCCUGCAGACUCCAUAUCUUUGGAUCCUGACAUGAUUGGUACCGUCGAAAAAAGGGCUUCCUCUGCCAGACUAACAGCUAGAGAUCUUGCUGAGAUUACGACUCAAAAGGAAAGAGACCUCAAGAAUAACAAAGAUAUUCCAGCUGUCAAACCAGAGACAAAAAGUAAAAACUCAGGACUUCGUGCUUUUUUGCGCAAGAAGAAUCAGAAUGUAAUUGAUGAGCGAAAGCUAAGGGUAGAAAAACAGCUUGAAAAAGAAAAAGCUGCUCGUCAACGUAAGGAAUUGGUCAAACGAGGCGAACAGGCCGAAGACCACAAAGAUCUUGUCAGCGAAGCCUUAAGUAGAUUUAGUUGA